UCCGCGCUGCUGCCCGGCGUAGGCGCGGUGCGGAGCCGCAGCUGCCUGCCCGCCUUCGCCCAUGGCCGACACGGACCUCUUCUGUGCCCAGCAGCCGCAGCAGUCGUCCGCCGGGAACGGGAUGCCCGACGGUGGCGAAGAGGAUCCCGCUGCCGCUUUCCUGGCGCAGCAGGAGAACGAGAUCGCGGGCAUCGAGAGCGACGAGGGCUUCGGCAUCCUGGAGAACGGCGAGGUGCCCGAGGCGCUGCAGGGUGCCGAGGGCCUCGGCACGGAUGCUGUUGAUGGACUGAUUAACGGGAAUGCCUAUCAGGAGAGUAAUGGUCCCACAGACUGCUAUGCUGCCAUCUCCCAAGCAGAUCGACUGCAAUCAGAACCAGAAAGUAUUCGUAAGUGGAGAGAGGAGCAAAAGGAGCGCCUGGAGCAACUUGAUGCAAACUCACGAAAGCAGGAAGCAGAAUGGAAAGAGAAAGCAAUAAAAGAGUUGGAAGAAUGGUAUGCAAGGCAAGAUGAAAAGCUCGAGAAAACAAAAGCCAGUAACAGGGCAGCUGAAGAAGCCUUUGUGAAUGAUGCAGAAGAAGUUUUUCCGGGCACUGAGUGGGAACGUGUGGCUCAGCUCUGUGACUUUAAUCCCAAGUCUAGUAAGCAGGCAAAAGAUGUGUCCCGCAUGCGUUCAGUCCUCAUCUCGCUCAAGCAGGCUCCACUGGUUCGCUGAAGCAAAGCUCAAUGGAGAUACUACAAAUGCAAUAUCUUAACCUUACUCAGAGAAGCUAUGUUUGCAGUAAUUUGAUUAAUUGUUUCAAUGUGUAUUUUUGGACCACAUCAUGAUGUAUCUAGAGCUGAUCGUCGUUUGAUUGCAUGUUCUUCCUGAUGUUUCCUUUCUGUGUCUGAAAUGAGAGAACCUCCAAAACUGUAGUCCUUGUGCACCAAGGUGUCACUUCCUACAUUACUGAUAUUAAAGAUCUGUUAAACAGCAAAA